AUGCCUCUCACAAAGAAUCUCCUUCAUCCCUCUCCAGAAGAGGAGAGGAAACGCAAGACGCGCCUGGUGCAGAGCCCCAGUUCCUACUUCAUGGAUGUGAAAUGUCCAGGAUGCUAUAAAAUCACUACAGUCUUCAACCAUGCACAAACGGUAGUCUCGGGUGUUGACUGUUCCACUGUCCUCUGUCAGCCUACAGGCAGGAAAGCAUGGCUUACAGAAGGAUGUUCCUUCAGGAGGAAGCAGCACUAA